AUGGCCGCCAGCACAUAUCUCGCAGUCCUCGUCGCGGUCGUCGCCUUGAUGGUCGCCGCUGUGUACAUGUUCGGUAUCCCAGUUCAGUGGAAGCGCGCAAUGGAAGACAAGGCCCUCGAGACAAUGGGCGAGAACAAGGCCUCGUACUUGGUCAAAGAUCAAAUCAACUCCCUUCCCGCGUCCGAUCAGAAGGACGUGAAAGAGAUCAAGUCAGGAGUCGGCAACCUCGUAGGGGGAGCACUCCAGAAUCCCCUCGGCAAAGAGGUAGGACAAGCGGGAGACACUCUUACUAGUCCCUUGACUGGUCGUUGA